UUUUUUUUUUUUUUAAACCUGCUAGAUGGAAACAUUAUCAGCGAAAAAUGAAGUGCCCGGCCUGCUCCGGCAUCCGUGUAUUCAAGAAACCGGAACAGGCCCUCAACCCCGAAGUUGAGCCCGUCGAGUUCACAUUCGUUUACUCUUUGCUGAUCAAGGGCAAGGGCAGCGGCUGCCAGAUUUGCUAUGCCAUCUUCCGCAGCAUCGAGAUACUCACCGAUGGCUGCCGCGAGGGCCUGCCGAUGAAUGAAUUCCUGCGCAGCCUCGGUUCCAAUUGCCUCGUGGCCAUCAAAUGGACCCCGGGCCGACCUCUCGAGGUUCGCGCCGACGUUGUGGCCAACAAACCACGUGACACAUCGCAACCAGCAUCAAAUCACAAGAAACGCCCGCGUUUUCAGAUGCGGCUUUGUUUCGAACUGUUUACGGACGAGAAAACUACUUCUUGGCCUAGCUCAGUGCCACUUCCGUGGUUCGGACCCGGCAGAAUCAUAACGAAUAAGCCUAGCACCGACCGAAGGGCUCGUCUGAUCAAGGAAUGGCUCCAGGAGUGUCAGGAAACACACCCACGCUGCCAACAGUGGGGAUCUGGCAACUCGUUCGUCCCCAGGCGCGUAUUGGAUCUAAGCGGAAACCCAAGGUCUAAAAUCAGACUUCUGGACGGCUUCGAUCUUAGCAUGGGGGACUACGCCAUCCUUACUAAACCUUCUCAUAACACCAAAAAUGAUGCUGCCUUCCUGUCUUCAGCAACAACGCCGCCGUCGGCUUUGCACUUGACUUGGAAAAAUCACAAGUCAUUUACCGAAUCCAUUCGUUGGGUCGAUCUACCCGCGGCUUUCAAGGAUACUGUGGCUGUUGUAUCCGAGCAAGGUAUCAAAUAUCUUUGGAUCGAUACUCUUUGUAUUCUCCAAGAUGACGACUCGGAUUAUUGCUGGCACAUCGAGCACUUGCAAGAUAUCUAUAUGAAUGCCUGUGUUAAUAUUGCACCCACCAGGAUUCAAGAUGUUGGCGCAUCGUUCUUGGGCCCACGGAAGCUUUCACAGCCGGAUGAGAAAGAUUACAACAUGGACAGAGACAGCACUCGGCCAAAUCCUACCUUUAAUCGAGCAGAGCAGGACAUGAUGUCGCACGAGAUCGUCUUGACCCAUAAAAAACAGAAAUUUUCUGUCUACAUGAGGCGCAUGCUCUGUCUGAGCCAUGACAGCUUCGGCUUAGGCCCUGGUUGUCCCAGCGCCCAUCACCCAACAACCUCCAGAUCCUGCAAGCGCAGUCGCUCUCGGCAAGACCUGGCUCUAGCACCGAACUUAUUAUCAGCGUGGGGUUUUGUUCAGCGGAUGAUGACAAGGAGGACGGUACAUUUCCAUUCAUCCGAGAUGGUAUUUCAAUGCCGAUCUUGGAAAUGUUGUGAAUGCACCCCUUCUCCUGUCCGCCAUAAGCCUCAGAGCAAUCCUAGUGAGAUUGCUUAUUCGAGAGUGCCGCAAAUUGUGCAGGGGCAUCCAAUCGAGUUCGUAUGGAGGAUGUUCAUGGGCCAGUAUCCCCAUCUCCAGAUGCCCGACAACCGAAGAAGACUUCAUGCGUUAGCUGGAGUGUUGCCCUGGUUUGAAGCGCAGCUGGGUCGCGAAAGCUUUGCUGGAAUUAUGGCAGUGGACAAAACUGACCUUGCUUCGAAGCUUCUCUGGAUGGUAACCAAGUCGGAUAGUGACCGCAGUGAAAGCUUCAAGAUCGAGUCGAUGUUUCAGCCAUCCUGGUCCUGGGUUUCCAUGGUCUCAAAAGGGGUCGACACUGUGGAGAUGCCUCAACGCCAUGUGCACAUCGACCCAUCGUUUCUGGUCAAUGAUGUGUCCUAUCGCAGCUCCAUAGACGGCGUGAACGAGUUCCCCAAGCUCAGUGCUCGCUUCUGGCAUCUGAUGGCCAGCGGGCGUCUGAUACUGGGCAAAAUAAGCCCUAAAUUCCGGAAGCAUACAGGCCAUAGCUUUGUGCCGGCGAAUGAGCCACUGCUGGACUAUUUCAUACCACCACCGCCUAAGCCAACAACUCCGGUGCGGCCUCCUUUACCUUCAGCGCCUCCUCCAGUCUCAGCCGGAUUGUGGGCACAUGCGCCGCUACUUCUUGAUCCCCAGGUAUCAGCAGAAAAUGCUGGCACUCGGCCGAUGCUACGUUCCGCACUAAAAUCGCGUACUCAAUCGUCAGGCUUUCAACCCUCGUCAGAGGUAGACCGUCUGUUCAUGCAGUCCGAGCCAGGAUUAACCCCCCGAGCCGUCUUCAUGUGGGAUUGUGAUAAGUGGGCGGCGGAGCAAUCCUCGUCCGCCGGCAACUCGCCGAUAUAUGCCUAUUUUCUCCGAAUUGGGGGCAUUCGCUGUCCGAAUGUGGCACAUGAAGACGAGACGCAGAUCGAUGGUCAUGUUCUGGACGAAGAGGGGAACUUGAUUCCUGCGUGGGAUCUGGAUGUGGGCCUGGUCCUCCGUAAGGGAUCGAUGGCCAAAGCAGCGGUGGCUCGUGCGGCUGCGGCCGUGAAGAGCGCGUUGCUUUCUGGUGGCUAUUUUGGGCCUGUUGUAUCCAACUCGGGUCCUGCCAUAUGCCUCGAACGCAUUGGUAUCUUUUCGGUGCCACGCCGUAGGGGCUACUUCAGAAACGCUGAAGUUCAGGAUGUCACACUCAUAUAAUAAGAUUUUGAGACUAACCUGAGUUGUAUUUCUGCCUACGGGCCAAGGUCCGGACCGAUAGCAUCAGGGUGGUGGGCAAACAUGAAGAAACCCACAAGAUGACGAGAGAGUGCGGAAUAUACCGCACCAACAAGUAAACGCUGGAGAGGACCAUAUUCGUCCACGGACGAACGGAAAGAACAAAAGGCGCAAUCCCUGCCACCCGGUGCUGAAUAAGAGAUAUUUGCCCAGGCAAAGUCUAAAAUGGAUGCAGCCCUACCUUAUUUGGGCCCUAACUCGGGAAGUGCCGCCGCUCAUGACUUUCAUUUCACGUCUUUACGACACCGACCUUGUGGCGCCUCAAACCCGAGAAGCCGAAAUUUCUACCAGUAUUGCAGAAUUCUUAUAGGGCUCACGGAACAGGAAAAAUCAAUGAAUAAGACAAGUCUUCCAACAAGAAAAAUUUGAGCAAUAAUUCUCCAGUCAUGGUGAUGCCAUCAUGUGGGUAUACCACUAACAGGCCAAGAUUUGUUCCUGAUCAAGCUGAGUCUGGAGCCCACUCAAUCAGAACACGCUAAGCUAUCGGUAGAGUGGAGCCCUAGACCCUUGUUCUUUACAUGCCGCUUUAUUCCCGGCGGCGUGGGUACCCA